AUGGAGAACUGGAUUAGAGAAUUUGACAAAAUUUUUACCACUCUCCAAGUCCCUAAUGAGAUGAGGGUUGAUGCUGCUGCCUAUUAUCUGGUUGAGGAUGCUGAUAUUUGGUGGACUCAUAACAAGUUUGAUCUGACUACUAAGGUGACUGUGGAUGAGGAAGGAGAAAGCUCAUGGAAGAGAGAGAGUUUGGAGUUGGCUCGUUUCUCUAAGGGGUUAGUUCCUGAUGAGCAGGAGAGAGCGGUGAAAUUCGAGGAGAAGUUAGACCCGAUCUUCAUUCUAGGAUGGGAGCUGAUCUACUCAGGGGCAGAAAAGGGUGAUACAUCUGGUUCCACUGGUUACAACAAAGGUAGAGGAGGUUUCAAUAAAAAUCGAAACUAUAGGAACCGUGAUUCUGGUGGUAUCUAUAAUAAGGGAGGUUCUAGUCAGCAAUAUUAUAAGGAAAAUCAGAACUCCACUCCUUCCCGUAACCAGCCCCAAGGCAAGAUUCAGAGGACUGAUUGGAUUUUCUAUUGCAAACGUUGUACUGAGAACCACCCUAGCAAGGAUUGUGAUGGGAAUGCUGCACCUAAUCACAAUGGAGGGACUGCAAAUGCUACUCAAGGACACAAAGGUGAUGUGAGGAGGAACAAUGGGCAAGUUCAUGUGAUGAACCAGACUGAGGCAAACACCAAGGGCAACAUGGUCACUGGUACUUUUUCUAUUCAUUCGAUGUGUGUUUAUGUGCUAUCUGAUUUGAGUGCUUCUCAUUCUUUUGUGUCUGAACUUCUUGUGAAAAAGUUAGGGUUAGAGAACUCUAGGACUUGUGAUGUAGAAAUCUCUAUUCCUUCUGGUGUGAUUAUAACUUGUAAUAAUUGUAUCCAGAUGUCCUAUUAUGUGUGGUAUACCACCCUAGUAGCUGAUUUGAUAGCUUUUCCUUUGCAUGAUUUUGAUGUAAUUCUAGGGAUGGAUUGGCUUAGUAGCAUAAAGCCAAGAUGA